AGCGAAGCGCGGCCUCGAUCAGCACGGUGCGCGGCCUCGACGACGACCACAACAACAUCAACAACAAGAAGACCGCCGGCCGGUGCCAGUCUCGCUGCCGGCCGGGCCUCCGGUGAGCGCAGGGAGCCGAACAUCCCUCCGACGACACCCGCGGCCGGGCGGCUGUGAGAUGGCCGAGACAGUGAAGUAUGUGGACGAGGAGCACAAGAACGUCUUCCUCAAGUUGCUGAACGAGCAGCGUCUGGAGGGCGAACACUGCGACAUCGCCGUGGUGGUCGAAGACGUCAAGUUCCGCGCUCACCGCUGCGUCCUGGCGGCCUGCUCCAACUACUUCAAAAAACUCUUCAAGAAACACGAGGUGGACAACUCGUCCGUGAUCGAGAUCGACUUCAUCCGCUCCGACAUCUUCGAAGAAGUGUUGAACUACAUGUAUACAGCCAAGAUCUCCAUCAAGAAGCGAGACAUCAACCUGAUGAUGUCAUCGGGACAAAUCCUGGGCAUCCGCUUCCUUGACAAGCUCUGCUCUCAGAAGCGAGACGAUGCGCCAUCCGAGGAGAAAGACAAGUUUCCUUUUGACAUCGUAAAGAUGGCGCUGCCUCCCGAGGCGCAGCUGGUCGCUGAGGCCGAGGUUCUCGGGGAGCACGAGGAUGCACCCACCCCAGACGACCUUGUCGGUGCCUCAGCCAAUCAGGAGCUUGAUAAAUCUCCCAAUGCGGCGCUGCGCGUGCAGGAAGCCAUUUUGAAGGAACUUGCCAAUGAGCACGUCCACAAGGUGGCGUGCUAUGACCAAGACGUGGUGACAGAUAUGGAGACGGAGCCGAAAGAACUCGGGCCCGAACACCACGCCACCCAGACGCUGACGUUCGCAGAUAGCAUGGGCGAGGUCAAAGACGAACAGCCGCCCGCGUGGGCCGCCGCCGCCGCCGCCGACAUGAAGUUUGAAUAUCUUCUCUACGGGCACCGAGAACAGCUGGCGUGCCAUGUCUGCGCCAAGACCUUCUUGGACGAGUCCAGGCUCAGGAAACACGAGAAGCUUCAUUCGGCCGAGCGUCCGUUCGCGUGCGAAAUCUGCGCCAAAGCGUUCACCACCCACGCCCACCUCAAAGAACACCUGAAGAUCCACACUGGCUUCAAGCCGUAUAGAUGCCACGUCUGCGGGAAAUCCUUCAUUCGGGCUCCGGACCUGAAAAAACACGAGCGGGUCCACAGCAACGAGCGACCGUUCGCCUGCCAGAUGUGCGACAAGGCCUUCAAGCACAAGUCACACCUGAAGGAUCAUGAGAGGCGACACCGGGGAGAAAAACCUUUCGUGUGUGCGUCGUGCACGAAGGCCUUCGCCAAGGCAUCUGAUCUGAAGCGUCACGAGAACAACAUGCACAGCGAGAGGAAGUUGGUGAAUCCUCUGCAGAGCGAUACGGAAGCUCUGCAGGCGGCCGCCAUGGCGGCCGAGGAGUCGCACAUGGACAACAUGAGCUGCUCCUAACGGGGAACAUUUGUACACAAAAGCUUGAUUCCAUUUCAAAUAAAACCCUUUGUUCAGUUU